AGAAAGUCAACUUUCUCCGAGCGGAACUUUUCGAAAAAACGACAUAACAACAGGGAAAGGGAAAAAAAGACACGAUUUUUUAGCACUCUUUCUGGAACCACCACCACUUUACCAUUAAUCACAACAAGGACCCGCUUCAGUUUCUGUGCGACCAAUCUAUAACUAUGACAUCUACCAUUCCUACACAGAUGUCGUUGACCCACAAAGUGAAUGGAGCCAUGACUGUACCUACACCGCAACCACCCAUGGAACCUAGUGCACCACCUAGCAUUCUUGCCGAAACUACUGCCGCCACCUGGAUGGCCAUUGGUCUGCUUGCCGAAAGCCUUGGCGACUUGGAAAAGGCCCUUGCCUCCUAUGAUGCAGCUCUUAGACACUCCCCCAACAACCCUGAAGUGUUGACUAAGCUAGCCAAUAUCUACCGUUCCCAGGAUAUAUUCUUUAAAGCCGCAGAACUUUAUGAACAGGCACUCAACUUCAACCCGGAAAAUGGCGACACUUGGGGGCUCUUGGGCCACUGUUACUUGAUGCUUGAUGAUUUACAGAGAGCUUAUGUGGCGUACCAACGUGCCUUGUACUACUUGGGUAACCCUAACGUGCCCAAGUUGUGGCACGGCAUUGGGAUCCUCUACGAUAAAUACGGCUCGUUGGAGUAUGCCGAAGAAGCGUUUGUACGGGUCUUGGAAUUGGAUCCAAACUUUGAUAAGUCUAAUGAAAUUUAUUUCAGAUUAGGGAUCAUUUAUAAGCACCAACAAAAGCUUCAGUCUGCCUUGGAGUGCUUCCAGUACAUCUUGAGCAACCCACCACAUCCCUUGACCCAGCCAGACGUUUGGUUCCAAAUCGGUUCCGUUUUGGAACAACAGAAAGAUUGGAACGCUGCCAAGGAGGCCUAUGAAAAGGUUCUUCAAGUGAACCCACAACAUGCCAAGGUUCUUCAACAAUUGGGUUGUUUGUACUCUCAGGCGGAAGCUGCCCCCGCAGCCUCUGGAUCCUCCGGUAAUGGUGCCGCUUCAACGGGACAACCAUUCCAACAAGAUUUGAACAUUGCUCUCAAAUACUUGUCACAAUCUUUGGAAAUUGAUCAAUCUGAUGCCCACUCUUGGUAUUAUCUCGGUAGAGUCCACAUGAUCCGUGGUGACUUCAAUGCUGCAUAUGAAGCCUUCCAACAGGCGGUCAACCGUGACUCCCGUAACCCUACGUUCUGGUGUUCUAUUGGUGUUUUGUACUACCAAAUCUCCCAAUACCGUGACGCAUUGGAUGCGUACACGAGAGCUAUUCGAUUGAACCCAUACAUCAGUGAGGUUUGGUACGAUUUGGGAACCUUGUAUGAAACAUGUAACAACCAAAUUAGUGAUGCCUUGGAUGCCUACAGACAAGCAGAAAGAUUAGACCCAGGUAAUCCACACAUCAAAUCCAGACUUGACCAAUUGGUCAAGUACCAACAAGAGGGUAACACCCAUCCACCACAACCACCACCAGUAUCCCAACAACCAAGAUUGCCUCAAGGUAUGGUUUUGGAGAGUAACCAACCUCAACAGGGUCAACCACAACCUCAAAUGUUGAGCACCUUACCUGCUGGACAACGUCAACAGGCACCUCCACCACUUUCACAACAGCAAGGAAUCCCACCUCCUCUUCCUCAACCAGGUCAAGUUUCUGGUGUAUCGGUUAUUCCUGCACAUCAAGCUCAAGCCCAUGCUUUACAGCAAGCUCAGCAGCAAGCUCAGGCUCAGGCCCAAGCUCAGCAACAAGCUCAGCAACAAGCCCAUGCUCAGGCUCAGGCUCAGGCACAAGCUCAGGCUCAGGCUCAGGCACAAGCUCAGGCUCAGGCUCAGGCUCAAGCUCAGGCUCAGGCUCAGGCUCAGGCUCAAGCUCAGGCUCAAGCUCAAGCUCAAGCGCAGGCCCAGGCUCAAGCGCAGGCUCAGGCUCAAGCUCAGGCUCAGGCUCAGGCUCAAGCUCAAGCUCAUGCUCAUGCUCAGCAGCAAGCUCAAGCUCAUGCUCAGGCUCAGGCUCAAGCUCAACAAGAAGCUCAAAGACAAGCUCAGGCUCAGGCCCAAGCUCAGGCCCAAGCUCAAGCUCAAGCUCAGCAACAAGCUCAACAGCAGGCUCAGCAAGAAGCUCAAAGACAAGCUCAAGCUCAAGCUGAAGCCCAAGCUCAACAGGAAGCUCAAAGACAAGCUGAAGCUGAAGCUCAUGCUCAGCAAGAAGCUCAAAGACAGGCCCAGGCUCAAGCUGAAGUACAAGCAAAGGCUCAAGCUGAAGCUGAAGCACAAAGAAAAAGUGAAAUUGAAGAGGCUAGCAAGAAGGCUGAUGCUUCUGCCAUUGAGCCUGUAAAACCUAUUUCGCCCCCUGAAGCUACUCCUCAUGUUGCUGCUCAAUCUGUUCAGGCAGUGGCUGCUCCAAGUGAAGGAGAAUCUUCUCAGUUGACUCCUCCUUCCACCAAUGGAAAGAGAGAAUUGGAAGAAAAGACUGAACCUCAGGCUACUAAGAAGGCUAGAGAAGAUUCUGGUGAACCAGUUCCUGAAUCUUUGCCAGCUGCUUCCCACCCACCAGCUGCUCCAGCUGCUCAAGAACCUGCAAGUGUUGUCGCUGCUACCCCUGCAGUAUCUCCAGUACCUACCCCUACUGUUUCUGUUCCUGCUCCUGACGCCUCUGUCACUAGAUCUGAUGCAGCUCCUGUUGCUGUACCGGCUGCUCCACCUGCCUCGGUUACUCCACCUGUUGAAACUAAGCCAGAAUCUCAGGGAAAUGUGCAAGAAUCGGCUAAGCCUGAUGUUGCUGCCCCUGGUUCCAGCUCAGAACCAUCCACAGCAACCACUGGAGUUCCACAAUUCUCUUCCAAUGUUACUGAAAAGACGGAAGAAGAACCUGAAAGAAACGACGCUGAAGAAACUAAAACGAAUGAACCUGUUGAACCACCUUUACGAAAAAUUGAAGAAGAUGAAAACUAUGACGAUGAGUAAUAAUUGUGUUUUAUUAUUGCUAAACUUGCGAUUUAUUUUGUUAA